AUGGCAGUUGAAGCUCCUUGGAAGAACCAGCUGGUAACAGCAUUGCGAGAUCGAGAUUUACAUGAGCGAGAUGCCUUCCAAUUACUAUUCCAAGAGAACAACGAGUUGGUGCGUAGAGCACGAGUUUCUAUAGAUCGACAAGCUGAAUUGGAUGGUAUUGUAUCUACUUUACGACGAGAAUUGGCUGAAUCUGUUAGGGCGAAUCAACAAGCUCAGACAUUUGGAUCUCCAGAAGCUCAAAAGAGAUUACACGAUCUAGAAUCUCAAAACACCAGCUUCAAGGAAGAGAAAGCAGAACUAUACAAGACUCAAGGCCAAAAUGCGCAACGGUUAUUGGAAUUGCUGGAUUCCAAUAAGGCUUACGAGGAUCGUAUUCGAGUUGUUAUGUUGGAAAACCAGAAACUGAGCACACAAGUCAACAGCUUGAAUAUCAAAGUAUCUGAUGGGCAACAGCUUGUUAAAGAGAAGGAUGGUGUUAUACAGAUCAUACGAGAUGAACUAGCAGCUCUACAACUCGAACUAGUUCAAACAGAUCAAAUCAUCAAUGAUCAAAAAGCAGCUAACAAGACACUCGAAGCUCGUAUCAAGACUCUGGAAUCUGAGAAUGCUGAGUUGGUUGUUAGGUUUAUGGAACUCAAGUCUGAACAGGCUGCUAAGAUGAAUGAGGCUAAUGAGUUUGUUGAAACGGCUUUGAAAAUCAAAAAGGAUGUAUCUGGACAAUCGUCCUCAGCUGAUGUUGGGAAAGAGUUGCUUGAAAAGACAAAGUCAAUUGUUCGUGUAGUUCUGCCAACUACCGUUACCAAAAGGAUUAAUGCUCACGACGCAGACAUAAACUCCAUCUGCAUCAGUCCUGACGGAUCCCUGAUCGCUACUGCAUCAAACGAUAAAAAGAUUCUUGUUUUUGAGUCCAAGACAGGCACAGUGAAGACCUCCUUAUCUGGAUCACUACAAUCAGUCAUGUGUGUUGCAUUCAACAAGGCCGGUGAUUUGAUAUUAGGUACCUCGAAUGAUCAUUCUGUCAAGAUAUGGGCGUUGGGCACGAAUCGACUCAAGCACACUCUUACUGGCCAUAUUGGAAAAGUGUUUGCUGCCAGAUUCGCAGAUUCCAAUCGAGUGGUGUCAGGGUCUCAUGAUCGUACUAUCAAGUUAUGGGAUUUGGCAAAAGGAUACUGCACAAAGACAAUCUUCACAUUAUCAAGCUGUAAUGACCUGACGUUAAUGGAUGAUGAUGGUUCUAUGAUUGUCAGUGGCCAUCUCGACAACAACAUACGAGUAUGGGACUCCCGUUCAGCUAAUCUCAUACGCGAGAUUACUGGAUUACAUUUCGGACAAGUGACUGGUGUUGAGAUGUCGCCAAAUCGAAAUUUCCUCCUCACGACAUCACGAGACAACACUCUCAAGCUGAUUGAUUUGAGGACGUAUGAGACUGUUAAUACAUUUACGCAUGAGGCGUUCAAGACUGGCAUGAAUUGGGCUAGAUCAUGCUUUAGCCCUGAUGGCUCAUACAUCUGCUCUGGAUCUGCUGAUGGAACAUUAUUUAUAUGGGAUUCCGAUACAGGUCGUGUGGAGAGAAUGAUGAGGGAGCAUAGGUCUGCUAUUUGUGGCGUUGUAUGGAAUCCGAUGGGAGGAAGUAAUUUAUAUUCAGCUGAUAAGGACAAGACUGUGGUGAUUUGGCAUUAA